UUAUUACUUCCGGAGCUCAUGAAUAAUUCAUUUCAACCUAUCACUCAAAAAGCUCAUGAAUAUUUGACAUAAGGGGUAUAAUAUCACUCUCUCGCAGGCGGGUCUGAAAAAUAAUUUUAAUGCAUUAAAUAUUCGCACUGAUUUUGUGAAAGGGCCUUCCUUUUAUUUAUCUGCAUUUGCAUAAUUUCAGACACUACUGAGAGGUAUGAAGAGAAAGGGUGACAUCACUAGUUUCUUCCACACAAAGAGGAGAGAUCAGGGAGACAAAGGGCUAGAAGCUGGGCCAGGGCUAGAAGCUGAACCAGGGCAAGCGGCAGCAGAGGAAGAAGAAAUAUGGUCCAAAGCAGAGAAGGUGAUGGGGUCAGACAGCAGAGGGAAGGAGAGACAGCCUGAGUUCUCUGUGUGUAUUCAAAGCGAUCCCCAUGGUAAGAUGUCUAUCUGAAUUUGCAUAAAUGUAGAAAAAUAAAAUAUAUAACUAACAUGUAAAACUAAAUUACAGCAAUGGUUUAAUCAUAUUAAAUAUGCAUUAGCACUAUGUUGCAAUACAAAUCUAAUUAAUUAAUUCGUGCAUAUCAGAUUAUUUGAGCAAAUAGGUUUUUCAAAACACAGUUGAAGGUCAUGCAAUAUUUUGUGUUUUGUAUGUGAUUUUUAGACAUAUCCAAAGUCAGAAGUGACAACCCAACACAGUCACAUCUGAGUUUUCCUAAGACUUAUCAAGGAUGCAGCAGGAGGAGCUUCCACCCAGAAUGGUACAAAAUACACCCUUGGUUGGAAUAUUCCCAGAGUAGAGACUCUUGUUAUUGCUUUGCUUGCCGGCAUUUCUCUCUUCCUGAUGCUCCCAAAAGUGUGUUUACUUCAGGUGUUGGAUAUCGUAACUGGAAGAAAGCAAUGUUUAAAGACAGUGGGUUCUGUUGUCAUGCAAAGUCUCAGAGUCAUAAAACAGCAAUGAUUGCUUGGGCAGAGAAUAAAAAAAAUGAGUGAAAAAAAUGAAACUCUGAUGACUGCAAUGGAUGACCAUCGCCAGAAACAAGUGCUUGAAAACCAGACUUACGUUAAGACUAUAGCAGAAAUUCUAAUCUUGACUGCUACAGAAAAUAUAGCUCAACGUGGACACAGGGAGUCUGCUGACUCAAAUAAAAGGGGCAUUUUCCUAGAAAUGUUGAACAUGGUAGGCAAUCAUGAUCCUGUGGUUAAAAGGAGACUGGAACAACAAGCCAAAAAUGCUUUGUACACCAGUAAAACCAUCCAGAAUGAAAUUGUUUCAUGUUUGGCUGCAAUGGUUGCUGAGGAGAUCAUGCGAGAAGUUAAAGACAGUGCACAAUUUUCAGUCAUUGUAGAUGAGACUAAAGAUGUCAGUAAAUCAGAGCAAAUUUCUUUUAUAGUUAGAUACUACUAUAAUGGUGCAAUACACGAGAGUUUCUUAGGGUUUCAAGAGGCAGACAGACUGGAUGCUGCUGGGCUGACCAGCAAGAUUAUUGGCUGUUUAGAAAAACAUGGGCUGGACUACAGACAGAACCUUGUUGGCCAAGGGUAUGAUGGAGCAUCUGUGAUGAGUGGGUCGCAUUCUGGUGUACAAGCUAGGAUAAAGGAGGUGGCAAAGUAUGCUUUCUACAUUCACUGUAGUGCCCACUGCUUAAACCUUGUCAUAGUAGAUGCAGUCCAAAGUGUGCCUGAUGCAGGAAAUUUCUUUUCUUUGCUAGAACGAUUAUACACAUUCAUAUCUGGAUCUUACGUCCAUCAGAAAUGGCUGACAGUGCAGCAGGAAAUGUUUCAUGGGGUACCAAGAGAACUGCAGCGCCUUAGUGAUACACGUUGGUCUUCUAGACAUAUAGCAUGUCGCAAUAUCAUGGACAGGUUGCCUGCAAUCUUGCGUGUACUAGAAGAGAUCUCAUCAGAGAACAAUGCACAAAGAGCUGUAGAAGCAAAGGGCAUUCUGGUUCAAAUGGAUCUGAAUUUUGUUGGAUGCCUUGCACUCUUCAGAAAAGUAUUGAGUGAUUCUAAUAUGUUAUCAGAAAUGCUUCAGUCCAAAACUGUUGACCUGUCUAAGGCUAUAAACCUAGUUGAAUCGCUUAAGGAGACAAUGGUUUAUUACCGAACUGAAUCCUUUUUUGAUGACCUGUGGACUGAUAUUGCAGAAACAUGUGAAAAAAGUGGCAUUUCAACCCAACACAUCCCUAAACGAUCAAUACAGAAAGCAAGAAAACUUCAUGAUUCUCUUGUUACUUCUACCCUUGGACAGCAUGCAGACCCAGACAGCAAACAAAUGUUCAGAAUCCAAGUAUUCUAUCCAGUUAUAGAUUGUAUGAUGGGAGAAAUGGAAAGACGCUUUUCUAGGCUGAACUGUAAUAUUAUGAAAGGUGUUCAGGCAUUAAAUCCAUCAAGUGGCACAUUUUUGAGAGAGGAGGAUGUACUACUUCUUGCCCGUGCUUAUGACUCCAAUACUGAUGAUCUGAAGCAUGAAGUACCUCAGAUUAGGCGAGUCUUAGAAAGACUUGCAAAGAGUGAUGAAACAGUUCCUACCACUCUCCUACAAUUUGUGAGUUUCUUGGAGUCAUAUAAUGAUGUGUUUUUUGAACUGUUCCGGCUGUGCAAAAUAGCUGUAGUGUUGCCUGUCAGCAGUGCAUCUUGUGAAAGGACCUUUUCUGCUUUGAGGAUGAUUAAAAACUAUUUACGAUCAACUAUGACAGAGGAAAGACUGUCCAAUCUGUCUAUACUCAGUAUUGAGUCCAAACGCACAAAAGCAUUGGAUUUGGAUGAGUUUGUCAGAUGGUUUGCUCAUCAACAUGGAAAUCGCCGCAUUCAGCUGUUGUAGACACAAUAUUCUUCAACGUGGCCUAAUGUAAUGAAAAAUAAACUUUAAGUACUUGACUAGUGAAUCCUGAUGGUGAAAAAUGUUUUUUUCAUAUUAUUUUGUUCAGUGUUUUUUGUAAAGUGCAGAUUUCUGACCUUUUGCUGUAAAUGUAAGGAUGUAAUACACUUUUGAAUGUAUUUCCAACAUAAAAAGAGUGUGAAACUUAAUUAAAAAUACAAG